GACAUGCCUCAGCGACGUUGUUUUCAAGCCUCGCAGCAGCACAGCAGCUAUGGCGUCUCCAUCUCUUCACGUGGGGAUUGGGACUCGACGGCCAGGCUGCUGCAACAGGACCAUCGGGCCUAUUCAUUAUGAUUCGAAAUUUUCCGGAGCGUACAAAAUGGGGUUGCGGGGCGGACCAGCAGGACGCGUCGGGAAUUUCUGUGAUCAAGGAAGGCUGCGAGUGCGGUGCAGUGGUGGUGCUGAGGACAAUGAUAAUGGGAGGAGUAGUGUAGAAAAGUCGGGGGCGGGGAAGUCGUGGGUGAGUCCCGACUGGCUCACCAAGAUAGUGAGCCUUGGAAAAGGGCCGGAUACAUCUGGGAUUCCUGUGGCGGAUGCGAAGCUCGAGGAUGUGAAGGACUUGCUCGGGGGUGCAUUGUUCCUGCCGCUCUUUAAAUGGAUGAUGGAAAAUGGACCCGUGUACAGGCUCGCAGCCGGGCCGCGCAAUUUCGUGAUAGUCGGGGAUCCUGCUGUGGCUAAGCAUGUUUUGAAAGGGUAUGGGACGAAAUACUCCAAGGGGUUGGUGGCUGAGGUUUCCGAAUUUCUCUUCGGGUCGGGAUUCGCCAUUGCUGAAGACCAAUUGUGGACGGCUCGGCGACGGGCGGUUGUUCCAUCACUUCACAAAAAGUAUUUGUCGACAAUGGUGGACCGCGUCUUCUGCAGAUGCUCGGAUGCGCUGGUUGCCAAGCUUGAGAAAGUUGUUGCAUCAGGGGCCCCUGUGAACAUGGAAGCACAAAUGUCGCAGCUGACGCUGGACAUCAUUGGGCUUUCUGUCUUCAAUUACGAAUUUGAUUCUCUCAAAACUGACAGCCCUGUCAUUGAUGCGGUUUACACUGCCUUGAAGGAAACUGAGUCUAGGUCUACAGAUAUAUUGCCCUACUGGCAGAUUCCCCUGCUAUGCAAAAUUGUACCUAGGCAACAGAAAGCUGCUAAAGCUGUAGAAAUUAUUAGGGAGACUGUCGAGAAGCUGGUAGCUCAAUGCAAAGAGAUGGUGGAGGCCGAAAAGGAGACAAUUGAAGGAGAGGAGUAUGUGAAUGAGUCAGAUCCCAGUGUUCUACGGUUCUUGCUGGCAAGCAGAGAAGAGGUAUCUAGUGUGCAACUUCGAGAUGACUUACUAUCGAUGCUUGUAGCUGGCCAUGAAACCACAGGUUCUGUGUUGACAUGGACUGUAUACCUUCUGAGCAAGAACCCAGCCGCAUUAGCAAAGGUGCAUGAGGAACUUGACCGAGUCUUGGCAGGAAGAAAGCCACAAUUUGCUGACAUAAAGGAAUUGAAGUAUUUAACGCGCUGCAUUAACGAGUCCAUGCGCAUCUACCCACAUCCUCCGGUUUUGCUACGAAGAGCUAGGGUGGCAGAUGAACUACCUGGAGGUUACAAGAUUGAAGCAGGGCAAGACGUAAUGAUAUCUGUGUAUAACAUUCAUCACUCCCCCCAGGUUUGGGACAAUGCAGAAGAGUUUGUACCGGAACGGUUUGACGUUGAUGGACCUGUGCCUAAUGAAACCAAUACAGACUUCAAAUAUAUUCCAUUCAGCGGAGGGCCUCGCAAAUGUGUUGGUGAUCAAUUUGCUAUGCUGGAAGCUACGGUCGCAUUGGCAGUGCUUCUGCAGAGGUUCAAGUUUGACUUGGUUCCCAACCAGACAAUUGGAAUGACAACUGGCGCCACUAUUCACACUACCACGGGACUAUACAUGACAGUUACCGAUCGACAACAGACGAAAGUUCCCGACCUAGUCGUUGCCUAAUCACACGUGAUCAUUGCUUUUUAUUUAGUUUUCUGUAUACUAAAAGUCUUUGCCAAAAGGACGAUCGUUACUAAGGGAUUCGUAACCCAAGUAAAUCAGUUCAGCAGGUAGAGAGGAUGAAUAUGCCGUAUCAAGAGGACGAAUAGUCUCAGUUUUCUAGCUAUUCUUAACGACACAAUUGUUAUAGGAAAAGUUUUGUGGAAACUUUGGUUGAACGAUUUCAAUAAUCCUGCGUAUUUAACCAAUCAUGGUAGUGAUAAUGCUCACUUCUUAGCUUGAGCUUUGAGGGGCGUAAUCCUCGGUAGCGAUUCAACCAUACUGACUUGUGUUGCGAAAGUUUUUUCUCUUCCUGAGAUUAAAAGUGACUUGCUGGACUUCAAUCAAAAAGGCAGAUUAUGACUGGGCUUCGCAAAUU